AUGAGUUCAUACGGAGGAGGUGGAAACCACCCUUAUGGUUAUAAUCCAAAUGCUACUAAUCGACAAAGACAAUCAGAUGACGACUCUUCAUAUUUUGCUUUCCAUGACAAUAACAGAAGCACUACUAGAUUAGCAGCAGAUAGCAAUUAUGGUAGGAGUAACACUAGAUUAGCAGAAGAUACUAAUUAUGAUCCUGCUCAUAGAACAACAUCUGGAAAUUCAACUAAUUUUUUACAACCUGAAAGAACUUAUAAUAGACUGGACCAUUCCAUAAUUGACGAUUAUUACAGUCGUCCUAUAUUUGAUACAAAUCAACAACAAGACCCAAGAUAUCAAUCUCAUCCUCAAGACAAUCCUUUUGAUCAAAGUUAUGAGAUGCAAUACGCUAAUGCUGGUCCUAAUUAUAACCAAAGUUUUGUCCCUAAUGUAUAUGAUGAUAAUGAAGAACGUGAAUUCGAUGAACGAAUUCAAUAUGAUAAAUUUAAAGGUGAUCAUUAUGAUUUAGCUGCUGUCAGUUAUGAUGAUGAAGCUACAAUUCCUCUGUCAGGUACAGUACAAGAAGAACAAAAAGAAUUAGACGAAGAACAAGGACCAUUUGAAGAAGGCGUUGCACCCUAUGUCCCACCACCUGCAGCAGUUGAAGUACGUGAGAAAAAACCAAUUAGAGCAAGUGGUAUAAAUGGUCAUUUAGUCUUAGAUUGUCCAGUAGCAAGUGAAUUAUUAUCUAAAUUCCCUGAUUAUCGUUAUGGUCAAAAAGAUGGAGGUUUAUCUCGUGAAUUUGCAUUUAUGAGAUAUACUGCUGUCACUUGUGGUCCUUCAAAUUUCUAUCGUGAUGCUUAUAUUUUAAGACCAGUUCAUUAUCCUGUUCCUAGACAAACCGAAUUAAUGAUUGUUAUUACUAUGUAUAAUGAAGAUGAUAUUUUAUUAGGUCGUACAUUAAAAGGGGUGUUCAAAAAUAUUAAACAUCUUGAAUCAAAAUCAAAAUCUUCAGUUUGGGGUAAAGAUUCUUGGAAAAAAAUCGUCGUUUGUAUCGUUAGUGAUGGUCGUACCAAAAUUAAUGAAAGAGCUCAAGCACUUUUAGCUGGUUUAGGUGUUUAUCAAGAAGGUUUAGCCAAGAGUAUGGUUGAUGACAAGAAAGUCCAAGCCCACAUGUAUGAAUAUACCACUAGAGUGGGUAUUUCUGAUGUCAGAGAUGGGGUUGUUAAAUUAACUACUAACAAAAUCGUCCCAGUUCAAAUGUUAUUCUGUCUUAAAGAAGCUAAUGCCAAAAAAAUUAAUUCUCAUCGUUGGUGUUUCCAAGCCAUUGGGCAAGUUUUAGAUCCAAAAAUUGUCAUAUUGUUGGAUGCCGGUACUCAACCUUCAGGAAAAUCAUUAUAUAAAUUAUGGAAAGAAUUUGAUCGUGAUCAUCAAGUUGCAGGUGCUUGUGGGGAAAUUACAGCGGGUUUAAAGAAAACUCAAAUGAUUACCAAUCCUUUGGUAUAUGGACAAAAUUUCGAAUAUAAAAUUUCAAAUAUUUUAGAUAAACCUACAGAAUCCGUAUUUGGAUUCAUUUCUGUCUUACCAGGUGCUUUCAGUGCCUAUAGAUUUGUGGCAUUACAAAAUGACGUAAACGGAAAAGGUCCAUUAGAAAAAUACUUCAAAGGGGAAUUCUUACAUGGUAGUGGAGAAUUAGAUCCAAAUGAUGACGAAUAUGAAAUGAAACGGUCUAUGUUAAAGGAAGAAGCAGGUAUUUUUACUUCCAAUAUGUAUCUUGCUGAAGAUCGUAUUUUAUGUUUCGAAUUGGUCGCCAAAAGAGGUUGUAAUUGGUUAUUACGUUAUUGUAAAUCAGCAUCUGCAGAAACUGAUGUUCCUGAAGGAAUGGCAGAAUUUAUCUUACAAAGAAGACGUUGGUUAAAUGGUUCAUUCUUCGCCGCUAUUUAUGCCUUAGCUAAAUUUCCUUAUGUUUGGAGAUCAUCCCAUUCAUUCUUAAGAAAGAUUUUCCUCCACAUUGAAUUCAUGUAUCAAUUAGUCAGUCUUAUCGUUUCUUGGUUUUCCAUUGGGUCCUAUUUCUUGGUUUUCAGAAUCUUAACUACCUCAUUAGCCGAUCCCGCCUUAAAUUUCGCUCCUGGUAAUAUCCUUUCCGUUGUUUUCCUUUGGCUUUAUCUCGCAUCAAUCGUAACCACAUUCGUAUUGAGUUUUGGUAACAAACCAAAAGGGACUGAGAAAUUCUAUAUCGUGAUUGUCAUUUUCUUCGCCAUCCUAAUGGGAUAUAUGAUCUUUGCAGCUUUAUUCAUGGCAAUUCAUGCAAUUAAAGAACUUUAUCGAACUCAAACACAACUCACGUUGACAUUAUUCCUCCAAAAUGCCGAAUUUAGAAAUUUGGUUGUGGCUACUGCUUCUACCUAUGCAUUAUAUUUCCUUGCUUCAUUCCUUUAUUUCGAACCUUGGCAUAUGUUUACUUCCUUUGCUCAAUAUAUCUUAUUAUCCCCUUCCUAUGUCAAUGUUCUUAACAUUUAUGCCUUCUGUAACAUCGAUGAUGUUUCUUGGGGUACUAAAGGUGAUACUGGAGGUCCAUCAUUAGGUGAAGCCAAAUUGAGAGAAGAUGGUACCUUCGAUGUUAGUGUUCCUGUAAGAAAAGAAGAAAUUAAUCAAAGUUAUCUUAAUCAAUUAGAAAAGAUUAGAGAUGCUGCUCCUCCACCUGAAAAGCACAUUGAAAAGAGUAAUGAAGAUUAUUAUGCCUUUAUUAGAUCCAUGACGGUUUUAUUAUGGAUGGUUUCUAAUUUCGUGAUUAUUGCUGUCGUGUUGGAAACUGGUGGAUUUAAUCAAUUUGAAAGUGUUGAAACUUUGGCUGCUGUCAAGAGUGCAAGAGCUAAAGUGUUUUUGACUGUUAUUUUGUGGACGGUGGUGUUUAUGGCUGCUUUUAGAUUUAUUGGUUGUGUAACUUAUUUGAUCUUUAGAUUGGGUAGUCGUAUGAAGAGAAGUGAACAUGCUACGAAGAUAUAA